AAUGUAAGAACUGUGACUGUGAGAUAGAGACAAAGGAAACAAGAGAUAUGGGAAGUGUUAGUAACAUUGGCUUCUUCUCUUCACCAUCCAUAUUUUCAAAGCAGAGGAAACACAAAUCUUUAUGCAGUUUUAUGAUUUAUCACAACAACGUCAACUACAAAGUUAGGAAUAUGAGCAGAAUCUGUUGCAAUAAACUAUCAGAAAGUGGGAUUGAAGAGAUUCAUACCACUAAAAGGGUAUCUAAAUCAAAGGAUAGCGUGGAAGAGUACAAUACAGCUAUGAAGAGGAUGAUGAGGAACCCUUAUGAGUAUCAUCACGAUCUGGGUAUGAAUUAUACAGUUAUAACGGAGUAUUUGAUUGUGGGAUCCCAACCACAGAAACCUGAAGAUAUAGAUCAUCUGAAGAAGGAAGAAGGUGUGGCAUACAUUCUAAACUUGCAACAAGAUAAGGAUGUAGAAUAUUGGGGAAUAGACUUGCAAUCAAUAAUAAAAAGGUGUCGUGAACUUGACAUUAGGCACAUGAGGAGACCGGCAGUAGACUUUGAUCCAAACUCUUUGCAAAGUGCACUACCUAAAGCAGUUUCAUCUUUGGAAUGGGCAAUUUCUGAGGGAAAAGGAAAAGUUUAUGUGCAUUGCACUGCAGGACUUGGAAGAGCUCCAGCAGUGGCAAUUGCUUAUUUGUUCUGGUUUUCUGAGAUGAAUCUAAAUGCAGCGUAUGAUAUGCUAACUUUAAAGAGACCUUGUGGACCGAAUAAAAAAGCAAUACGCGGUGCUACUUAUGAUUUAGCUAAGAACGACCCGUGGAAGGAGCCAUUUGAGAGUCUUCCAGACCAUGCUUUUGGGGAUAUAGCAGAUUGGGAGAGGAACCUGAUUCAAAACCGUGUUCGUGCUCUUCGCGGAACUUGACAAAUUAGAUUACUGCCUAUGGAGAUUCCUGCACAAGUUGCUGUCCUUGCAUGAUUGGUACAAGAUGCCAAGAUACUGCUCAAAAGUGAAGACUAUUUCAAGCAUAUUUUAUACAGAUCUAUUAUAUAGAUCUAUUAUAUAUACCCAUAUUGCCUGUAAUUGGUUCGAAAUCUUCGGUUUAGUAUUAUUGAUUGGCAACUAAAUCAACUGUGGCUAAUAUACCAUCCUUGUAGAACAUAGACUUGAUAAAUAAUAUUUGAGCAUUCAAAAUGCUUAGUUGAUCAAAUGGACAAUCCUACAACUACAAGCAA